AAUGAAUUGGAAACAAGUUUAUGCUAGCUCUGAACAUAGAUCAAAAAGAAGUAUUAUGUAAUAUUUAAUCUAGUUUUAUCUGGAAAUGCAAAAAACAAAGAUCCUAAAUCUAAUAUUCAUAGUCCAAGAAGUAAAUCUACAAUAACAUAAAAGAUAGCCAACAUUCUCAUAAGGGUACUAUGAUUGGGCUUUAGAGAAUUUCAAAAGAGAUUGUAGAAAGCUUAACAAAAGCUUUAACACCAAAUUGUAGAGUUCGUUAGAAUUCUCCAAAGCCAAUACUUUAAGAGCAGGAACAGAAAUAAAUACAAAAACCCAACAAAGAACCAGAAAUUUUCAGAUAACCUUUGGAAUAAUUAGAAAAUGUAAAGUCAAAUAAAGAAUUAGAAAAUCUUGAGUACAUUAAUUUUACUAAAUUUGCUGUAAAUACCAUGCAUUAAAUAUUAUAGAGAAAAAUAUCAUAAUAACCAAUUAAAGAAAUUAGAAUCCCUAAAAAUGAAUAAAAAAUAAGUAGAUAAAGAUCUUAAGAUUUUCAUUCAAAAUAAGAAGAAUGGUUAAGAAAAAAAAAUGAAAAAGUAUUAAAAUAAAGGAUUGAAUAAUAAUGUUAGCAAUAAAGAAAGGAAAAUCGCAUCGGUUAUCUAGAAAAAUCAUAGACAGAUAGAUUUUAAUGA